UUAAUUAUGCGUUCAACUAUACGAAAUAACGGCACGGCAACAGCGCAAUCCUACUCGUUAAAUAUAUUUGACUGCUAUCCGCUUACUUAAGUUAAAACAAGUUAUUAACGAACUAGUUGCGCCACUGACACGAAGAACGGACAAUCUUGUUUAUUUACAAAUUUAUUCACAGUUAUCGACAAAAUAACAAAGCGGUUUUUUGAGUGAUUUCUAAUUAAAUAUGAAUUUAUCGUUCGCCGGUUGCGGUUUUUUGGGAAUUUAUCACGUAGGAGUGGCUUGUUGUUUUCGUAAAUAUGCACCUCAAUUGUUGUUGGAUAAAAUUUCUGGAGCUUCCGCGGGAGCUAUAGCUGCUUGCUGUUUAAUAUGUGAUCUACCCAUUGGUGAUAUGACUAGUGACGUAUUGAGGGUGACGACAGACGCCCGUAGUCGAUCAUUAGGAGCCUUUUCACCUUCUUUCAAUAUAAAUAAAUUACUAUUGGAAAAUUUAGAAAAAUUUUUACCACAAGAUGCACACAUCAAAUGUACUGGAAAAUUACACGUUUCCUUGACGAGAGUAUGCGAUGGGAAAAAUGUUGUGGUAUCACAAUUUGAUACUAGAGAAGAAUUAAUCCAAGUUUUAUUAGCAUCGGCUUUCAUUCCUUUAUUUUCCGGUCUUAUACCGCCGAAAUUUAAGGGUUAUCGAUAUAUGGAUGGUGGUUACAGUGACAAUUUACCAACUUUAGACGAAAAUACCAUAACCGUUAGCCCUUUUUGCGGCGAAAGUGACAUUUGCCCAAGAGAUGACAGUUCACAACUAUUCCACAUAAACGUUGCCAACACUAGCAUAGAACUAUCGAAACACAACAUGUACAGGAUAGUAAGGAUUCUAUUUCCUCCGAAACCGGAAAUAUUAUCCAACAUGUGUAAACAGGGUUUCGACGACGCGCUCAGAUUCCUGCACAGAAACAAUUUAAUUAAUUGCACCAGAUGCUUGGCGGUACAAUCAACGUUCGUAGUUUCGGAAACAUUAGAAGAAGACUUAGAAUACGAUCCGCAAUGUAAAGAAUGUAAAUUACACCGACAGGAAGCGCUUGUAUCUAAUGUACCGGAAUCUGUAUUGAGUCAAUUUCAAGAGGCCAUAGAUAAAGCCAACAAUGGUUUAUUAAAUUGGCUGUUCAAACAUCGAGGAAUGAAAUUAUUGUCAGUUCUAACUUUACCAUACACGUUGCCAGCCGAUGUUAUGUACGCCACUUUUACGAAGUUUCAAAGUUUACCAAGAAAAAAAGGUGGAUCGCUAGUGUUUUACAGAGAUUUCGCACAAUUUGAUUUUAAAAGUUUUGUUGGUAGAACUUUCGAUAGCAAAACCUAUCAAUUUGAAUUAUUAGGAAACGCUGUACUAACAACGCCCUCACUUGCAUGCUAUCAACAUAUAUAUAAAGAAAAAAGAUUUAUGGUGGCAGCACCUCAAUUAGGUAACGGGGCAUGGGAAGUGAGCAAAGUCCUUAUGGACAAAAUGACUUUCCUUCUUAAGAAAAUAAACAGAAAGAGACAGCAGCUCAGCGCCAAAAUAACUUGCCAAUUAGAUAUCACUGAAUACGGUAAAAAUAAUUACGACGUCGAAUCUUGCCAAGAAGUGGAAAGCGAAAACAAGAUGAAUCUAAACUUCACCGUACAACUAGAAGACAGAGACUUACCAAUUAACGAAAGUCCUGUAAGGAAAUUCAAUACCAAGAAAAUAUUGCAGAGGAAACCGAGUUUGACUGUCAACAGGACUGAAACGUUGGAUAACGAUACUUUCGAUCACAUAUUACAAGUGACUUCGCACCACGAUACAAUCAUGGCUUAUUAUUAUUUGGACGAAAAUAAUAAAGUGAAAGUGACGGAAAUAUUUGAUGUAACCGAUAGCGAUUCUCCUAUCGUACAAACUACCGAAGAAAUAAAUUUAAAUACGAAUUUGGAGUUCGAUGACGAUUGGACGAAUCAAACGGAUUGGCUGCCAAAUGACCAAUUAGACGAAAAUACAUCAGAAUACGAUUUGGAAGAUAUUCUUGAUAAAGAACCAAUUUUUUCUGAUCCGGAAAGUGAAUGGGGAGGUACUUUCAAAAUAGAAGAACCAGAAGAUGAUGACGAACUGUAUCCUUCGACGAAUACUCUUCCAGAAUCCGACCGGCGAAGCAACAUUGAGACUUUACACAGAUGGGAGAGUAAAGAUUAUUUGAUACCAUCAAUGGUGUACGAAAACAACAACUAGACCUGGUACCAUAUGAAGACAUUUAUUAGAUAGUACUUACAAGUUGAAAAAUAUACAGGAAUAUAAAUUAAAACAGUAAAAAUCAACGAAAUAAAA